UGACUGCUAUCUGACUGCCUGAUCCGGUGCCGCCAGCACCUGCCACAGAUUCUAUGGUUCAGGUCAGGCUCUAAGUUAGUGUCCUGAACUAAAGUACCCUUUGCCGGAGGGUACCCUCUUGUUGCCGGGAAUUCUUUCCUUCACCGGCAGAUGGCGGGCUAGCAAUAUAUUGAAAGUUGAAACUUUGUCGUGUAAACGCACGAGAGUCAGGGCAAUCUUCUACAUUCCCAUAGGUAUCUGCAUAGACCGAGUAUUACGUGUGGACCGACCUUUCAGAAUGCUUGACGAUGCCUGAACUUAUUAAGUGUUGAUAAAAUAUCGCAGACGUAUUCCAUAGAUCACUUUUUCCCCUCUUCUUGUUGUUAUGUUGCAUCUUUGAUUCAGAUUGCGGUUGAAGUGCGAUUUGCUGUGGUGGGAAAGGUAUUCCGGUGUAAGGAAGUUUCUUGUUUCUUUAUUCAUCUCUCGAAAAAAAUAAAAAAUGCUGAUCAAAGUGAAAACAUUGACGGGAAAGGAAAUUGAAAUAGAUAUUGAACCAACUGAUAAAGUUGAGAGAAUAAAGGAACGCGUUGAAGAAAAGGAGGGAAUACCGCCGCAGCAACAGAGACUGAUCUUCUCAGGAAAACAAAUGAAUGAUGAAAAGACUGCACAAGACUACAAGGUCCAAGGAGGUUCAGUUCUACAUUUGGUACUGGCACUCAGGGGUGGUGCAGAAGCUUAAAUAUCUUCUAUGAUGGUGGAAAUGUAUGGAAUUUAACGCUGAGACUGUUAUGGUGAACUCACCCAUAAUGAGAAUUAAGUUUUUAUGUAAUGGCAAUAUGGAAAAAGUGUAAACUUAUUUGUACCAUGUUCAGUUUUCUUGGAACAGUGCAUGCUAUAUUUGCCUUAAAUUUGCAGACAGCCCUCCUGGUAACAGAAAUUUGUAUUUCUCCUGAAACACAUUAAAAUUUAUUUUGGAAUAAUAUGAAAACUUUAUAGCCCAGGAUAUUUGAACUUAGUUUUAAUAAUUUUAAUAACUAAUUAUUUCAAAUGUUCAUAGCUUUUAUGUGAAAAAGAAUGGGAGAACAUUCUUUGGUUGUAUAUAAAGCUGUUUGUAUAUAUUUAUUAAUUACUUUUUAUUUUUAAAUGCUCUGUUUUGCAUUUAAUGUAUGAUCUGGAGAAAAGAUUUAGUACAGACAAAACCAAAAUUCGUUGUUGAAAAUAUUAGUUAUCCGAUAAUGACCACUUUUCAAAAGUGUAAAGUUGUUAAUUAAAAUUAAUUCUUAAAAUGUA